GUGCCGUAGCACCUGCUCUGGAAAGAUCUGUUGUUGUAGUGUUGUUGCAGUGCUGUUUGUCCAAGUUUUCUGCUGGUUUUCUGUUGCUUUACGUUUGUUUUCCAUCAGCAAGUAUCUAAAUUAAACAGCUUCCAGUCAGAUUUGAUCCCGCUGAGCUGCUCAGCCAUGUCUUCUCCGGUGGAAAUGACUGAGUUGUAUGAUAACGCGCUGUUAGGGAUCCUGCAGCAUGUUGGAAACAUUCAGAAUUUUCUACAGGUUUAUUUUGGGUUCCUCUAUAGAAAGACGGACUUCUAUCGCCUCCUCACCGGCCCACAGGACCGAAUGGGCUUCCCGCCCGGAGUAGCUGAAAAAAUGGUGUUUAAGACGUUUAAGUUAUUUGAGAAUCUCGCAGAGCAGGACAGAGAGAGGGCAGCGAGGUUGGCAGAGGAGAAGAAAGCUGCUCCUCCUGCAGUACAGGAGCUGGAAGUUCAAUCAGAACAGGAGGCUGAAGCUCCUACAGAGGAGAAGAAGAGCACAGAAGAGCCUACACCUGUCCCAGCACCAUCAGCACAGAGCACAGAGACGCGCAGAGAGGCUCCGAGCAGCACCGCUGAGCCAUCAGGAGAUGUACAGGCAGAAGGAGCCGCAGCGCCUUCACCUUCUGAUUCUAAUGCAACCAAAGUUGGACAAGAAAGCUUUCAGACAAAUGCAGACAGUUACAACGGUGCUGUCAGAGAAAAAUACACCUGGUCGCAGGAUUACACGGAUGUGGAAGUUCGAGUGCAUGUGGAGCCCAACAUUGUUAAAGGCCGACAGGUGUCUGUGGAUCUGCAGCCAGGGAGGGUCCGCAUAGCUGUUAAUGAGGGAGGAUCGCAAAGAGUCCUGAUGGAGGGCGAAUUUACACACAAAAUUAACACAGAGAAUUCCCUGUGGAGCCUGGAGCCCGGCCGCUGCAUUCUGCUGUCCCUCAGUAAAACUGGAGAAGUUUGGUGGAGUGCCGUGUUGAAGGGUGAGGCUGAGAUCGACGUGAACCAGAUCAACCGGGAACGCUCAAUGGCAACCGUAGAUGAAGAGGAGCAUGCCGUACUGGACCGCCUGUCGUUUGAUUACCACCAGAAACUUCAGGGGAAACCACAGAGCCAUGAGCUUAAAGUCCAUGAGAUGCUGAAGAAGGGCUGGGACGCUGAAGGAUCUCCAUUUAAAGGUCAAGAAUUUGACCCCUCUAUGUUCAACAUCCCACCCAGUGCUGUCCAGUUUUGAGGUCACAUGUCAGUGCCAGAUGUAAAGUCAGCACUUACUGUAACACACACACACGCACAUAAGAGUACAGCGAUGGUUUCUCAGUGUCAGUUUCUUGCAAUGCCACAAAAUGAACAGCAACAGUGUUUGCACUGCACAUCUCAUGCCAAUAUAAACUGAUUCGCUGACACUGAUCGUUAUCUCUUGUUUAGUUGCUGUCUGGCAUGCAAAAUAGGCCGUUGAUCAUUUAUAAUUUUUAGUAUUUUAUGAAAUCAGUUGACUGAGAUUUUCUUUGGCCGCGUGUGUCUGUGAUCUUACAUUUGCCCAGUUACUGACUGUAUUCAGGAUUUAUUGUUUGUUAGUUUUCAUACUAUUUCA